AAACACUCAGCAGCUAAACAUUUUGUGUUUUCUCUGUUUUUAACAGAAAAUGGAUGAAGAGUCAGAGAGAGCUAAGCGCUGGGAGGGCGGCUAUGAGAGGACCUGGGAGGUGCUGAAGGAGGAUGAGUCCGGCUCACUUAAAGCCACAGUAGAAGAAAUCCUGUACCAGACCAAAAGGAAAAGGGUGACAGAGAGCCAUGGACAAGUCAGGCUGGGGAUGAUGCGUCACCUGUAUGUUGUGAUCGACUGUUCACGCAGCAUGGAGGACCAGGACCUGAAACCAAACCGGCUCACCUCGACUCUGAAGCUGAUGGAGACUUUUGUGGAUGAAUAUUUUGACCAGAAUCCCAUCAGUCAGGUGGGCAUCAUCAUCACCAAAAACAAAAGGGCAGAGAAGCUGACUGACCUGGCAGGAAAUCCUAAGAAACACAUGGCUGCUUUGAAGAAAGCUGUGGACACCUCGUGUGUGGGAGAGCCGUCCCUGUACAACUCUCUGAACCUGGCCUUACAGACCCUCAGGCAUAUGCCAGGACACACGAGCAGAGAGGUCCUGAUCAUCCUCAGCAGCCUCACCACAUGUGACCCCGCCAACAUCUAUGAGCUCAUCAAGACCCUGAAGUCUCUAAAGGUGCGGGUGUCGGUGAUCGGGCUGUCGGCGGAGGUACGGGUGUGUACGGUGCUGACCAGAGAGACGGGCGGCUCGUACCACGUUAUCCUGGAUGAGAGUCACUUCAAAGAACUACUGAUGCUACAUGUCAAACCUCCUCCUGCCCGCUCCUCAUCAGAGUGCUCUUUAAUACGCAUGGGUUUCCCUCAGCACACGGUGGCCUCUCUGACUGACCAGGAUGUCAAACCUUCGUUCAGCAUGUCACAUCUGGACAGCAGCAGUGAUCCGGACCUGUCCCUGAGGGGGUAUUUCUGUCCACAAUGCCAGGCCAAGUACACCGAGCUCCCUGUGGAGUGUAGAGUCUGUGGUCUUACUUUAGUGUCUGCCCCCCACCUGGCCAGGUCCUUCCAUCACCUCUUCCCCCUCCAGGACUUCAUAGAGACUCCAGUAGAGGAGCAUCRGGGCAGCAGGUUCUGUCAGACGUGUCAGACGGAGCUGAAGGACAAAAAUGUCUUCAGCUGUCCCUCGUGUCUCAGUGUCUUCUGUGUGGAGUGUGACCUCUUCAUCCAUGAGUCUCUGCACUGCUGCCCCUGCUGCAUUCACAGUCGGACCACUGCGUGASGGUAACCCAGACCUUUGACCCAGUCCAGACCUGUGUGAAGUUCUGUACAGGCUGCAGCGGGUUUGGACCUGAAGAGUUAAAGGAGCUGUGUUCCUGUUUGUUUCUGACUGAAUGAAGAUAUGWAAUAUAGUUUGGAUUCAAUAAAACUGUUUUAUACCUGUCGAA